UCUAGGGGGCAGAGAGAGAUUUACGAAUUGAUAGGUGGUCGCGUUUUGUUUGGCCGCACGUCUUUGCGCCAGAGGACUCUGGAGCGUUGAGUUUCCUUCUCUUAAAGGAUUAGUCUUCACGAUGGCCACCAAGAGACUAAGGAGGGGUCGCUAUCCGGGCGACACACAGCUGGUGGCUUCAACCAGGAGCGCGUUCUGCGAGCAGAGCAGAAUUGUGGCGCACUGACCUCGGCCGCCUUGAAGAGUCAUUGGCUUUUAAAAGAGAUUUGCUUGGAGUACAAAGUUUUCUCAUUUAUUUUUUUAGCCCAGACUCUACUUUUGAAAAUUAAACCCGUAUUUUUACAUCCGUUCAGCUUCCUUUGGGCUACAAGGCUUAGCCAUGACGACUGAGAGCUCUCAGCAGCAGCUGGACCCGACGCCGGCUCCCAUCAGAUCCAGCCCGGCAUCCAGUACCAUGCACUCGGCGCUUCAGAGCACACAGACAGCGCUGGAGAGCACAGCUGCGACCGGCAGCAAGGGCAAAAAGUCCAACUCGGGCAUGAGACGCCCCGAAAAGCCGCCUUACUCCUAUAUCGCCCUCAUAGUCAUGGCGAUACAGAGCUCCCCGACCAAAAGGUUAACGCUGAGUGAAAUCUAUCAGUUCCUCCAAGCGCGUUUUCCGUUUUUUAGGGGUUCCUACCAAGGCUGGAAAAACUCUGUCAGACACAAUUUGUCUCUUAACGAGUGCUUCAUCAAACUUCCCAAAGGCCUCGGGCGGCCGGGCAAAGGCCACUAUUGGACCAUCGACCCCGGGAGCGAGUUCAUGUUCGAGGAGGGCUCUUUCCGACGCAGGCCCCGUGGUUUCCGAAGGAAAUGCCAGGCUCUCAAACCCAUGUACCGCAUGAUGAACGGCAUCGGCUUCGGCGCUUCGAUGCUGCCCCAAAACUUCGACUUCCAGUCGCCUUCCGCGUCCCUGGCCUGCCAUACCAACAGCUACAAUCUGGACAUGAUGAGCAACCCUGUGCCUGGCGUUCACACGGGUUACGAUGGCCUCAGUACAGCAGGCCAUCAUGUCUCACACAUGUCGCCCAGCUCGGGUUCUACAUACAUGACGGCGUGCCAAGUCGCUUCCAACGGCGAGUACGGCCCAGACAACAGCAACAGUCCGCUGCACUCUCCGCCGGCCAUGAGCGGCUCUCUGGAGUGCCAUUCGCCGUAUGGAGCCGCCUCGGCACAUUGGGCUUCAUCAGGAGUGUCUCCUUACAUUAAACAGCAGCCGCUAGCCUCCAGCAGCCCGACCUCCUCCGGAUUACACUCGAGUAUGCCGCCUUAUUCUCUGGAGCAGGGCUAUCUGCAUCACAACGGCAGAGAGUCGGCAGACAUCUCAGCAGGAAUGUCUCGAUACCAGUCCCACUCAUCGCCAGUCUGUGACAGAAAAGACUUUGUGCUGAACUUCAACGGUAUCACGUCGUUUCAUCCAUCCAGCAGUGGAUCCUACUAUCACCAUCAGCUUCAUCACCAAGGAGUCUGUCAAGAUGUAAAGCCAUGCGUUAUGUAAUUGAAACCAUGACAAGCAGAAAAUAAUAAUAAUAGUAAUAAUAAUAAACCCGAACGUACGGACUGUGUGCGUUUGAUGCACGGUUAUCUAUGAAGAAUAAAUACAAUCAAUGGAAGGCGAAACGAGAAACUAUGAAGAAAGAAACGAACUGUUCGGAACCGAGGACUCUGCGGGCAGCGAGAGCGUUUGGGCUUUUUUUGGGAAAGAUUAUGACAUAUAUUUACUAUCUUGGAAAGACCUCGAAGCGUCUGCAAACGAGGAGACGUGAUUUUAACAAAGCUGUUUAUCCAGUCCAUAAUCAAUAGCCAAGUCUUUUGUUUGAUCUGACCACGUUUUCAGCGAGGACGCGAAAGGCUCAAUGACUGAGCGUUUAAAGUCGUAGUAAAAUGAAACCUUGUUAUUUUCGAUGCACUCAGCAACACCACGAAAUACUGAGUUCAAUGGCGGGAAUCAAUGCAUGUCACAAACCCACUUGAAUGCCAAAUAUCGUAUUUGUCUAAACCUUAUGUGUGUUUCUUUUUUGUCGGCUCUUCAGUAUUUCCACCUCUUAUAUUUUCAGGGGUGCAUGUGUAGGUUUGUGGGUAAUUCAUGUGUAAGAG